AUGAGCACUGCAGCUGUUGUCAAAAGCGAAAUAAACAGUUCCUAUGACAGUCAGUCUUCACUUUAUAGCGAACGUUCACGAAAGCGACGAUAUAAAGGAAAGAAGGAUAAGAAACCAGGUAUAACUGGUAGGACGUGGACUAAGGUUGAGGAUCCUCAUGCUCCACGCAAACCUCGUUCUGGCUACGUGCACUUCUUGAGUUCACGUCGAUCCAAGUACGGGACGGUAAAGCAGGGAUGUGAUCAGAAGAGUAUAAAUGUCGCGUUGGCAGCUGAGUGGCAGUCAUUAACAGACGAACAGCGUCAGCCAUUCCUUGAUCUUGCGAAUAAGGAGCGUGAGCAAUACGAAAUCGAGUUGAAAGCGUAUGAACAAACUGAUCACUACAGAGAAUUCGUGGCAAAGAAAGAGCAAAUUAUGCGAUUACGGAAGCAACGCCGCAAGUUGGGAGUAUCUAGUCCGGAGGAAUUCGACGAGUCAAUGGACUUGGAAGAAAAACUCAGUGAAGACACUAAGAAGAGGUUGAAGAAUGAAGGCAAAGACAAGAAUGCUGGUCUGAAUCUCUCGGCAGUCCCUACCUUACCGAAUACCAACAUCUCAAUAUUCAGUACAGAAUUCCUGGAAUACAACAAGAAUCGAGAGUCUCAGCUUCGUUCCCUUCGCCGUGAAAUUAGCGUUGCCGAAGCAGAAAAAGAUGCUAUGCAGCGGACAAUCGCAAAAAUGCAGGAGAAUAAUGUAGCCCUUGAAUCUCAAAUUGCUCACGAUAAAAAGAUUGGCAAGGAAGCCGACCACAUUAUAGAGUGCUGGAUGCGGGUCUUGAGAGGAGUCAUGAGCGAAACAAUAAAAGAAUACGGCCUACAUACUCCCGAAGAGACUGUAGAGUUUCUGACAAAGUUGGCCGACGGUGAAGCCCCUAACGAGGAUGUGCUUCAAGCGGUAAGGGAAGUGAUUCAUAGCGCUUCGUUUCAUAUUCCAAAAUAG